AUGCUAGCCUGUCUGCCUGGGCCAAGUGACCUGUCCUUUCAGCUUCUCUCUCACACGCAGAUGAACACUGGACUUCAGAAAUGGGACACUACACAGAAAAUGAGAACUGCUCACUACCCCACCCCAGCCGAAUUGGAUGCGUAUGCUAAGAAGGUCGCCAACAACCCACUGACUAUAAAAAUCUUCCCCAACAGCGUCAAGGUUCCCCAGCGGAAACACAUUCGUCGUACUGUGAACGGACUUGACACGUCGACCCAGCGCUACAGCCCUUACCCAGCCCAGGCCACCGCCAAGGCCGGUCUGCUCGCCAUCGUCAAAGUGCCGGCCAAAAGCAUCGUCAAAGACUUUGACGGCUCGCGGGCCCGGCUGCUCCCAGAGGCCAUCAUGAACCCCCCGUCGGCCCCGUACGCCGCACCUAGCACUUUAACCCACCCCCAGGCCCAGGCCUUGGCCCGACAGCAGGCGCUGCAGCAUGCACAGACAUUGGCUCACGCCCCGCCCCAGACGCUGCCACACCCUCAGGGUAUCCCACAGUCCCAGGCACUGUCCCAUUCCCAGAGCCUCCAGCAGGGCCUGGGCCACCCUCAGCCUAUGGCCCAGCCCCAGGGUUUGGCCCAUCCCCCAACCAUGGCUCACCAGGGCCUGCAACACCCCCCCAACCCCUUGCUGCAGCCAGGUUUGCAUGGAGGCCGGAAGAUGCCAGACGCAGACGCCCCACCGAAUGUGACCGUGUCUACCUCAACCAUUCCCCUGUCCAUGGCGGCCACUCUGCAGCAGACCCAGCCCCCGGACCUGAGCAGCAUCGUGCACCAGAUCAACCAGUUUUGCCAGACGAGGGCAGGCAUCAGCACUACCUCAGUGUGUGAGGGGCAGAUCGCCAAUCCCAGCCCCAUCAGCCGCAGCCUGCUCAUCAAUGCAAGCACUCGCGUGUCGACCCACAGCGUCCCCACUCCGAUGCCUUCCUGUGUGGUCAACCCCGUGGAGCACACUGUGGCCACAGCCAUGCCCACCACCGGUGCUGUCAACUUGCCUAUGGUGGGGAUCAAUCGGGCCACAGCAGGCUACUCCAGCGACCUCAAGCCCGUGGCCUGGAACCAGCACCAGUUGGCCCACUUGCAGCAGAUGUGCAGCGAGGCCGGUGGCAGCUCUGCCGGUGGCCUGGCGAGCAAGCUUCCCUCGGGGCGAGAAAUGGCAGGGCCGGGCUUUACGGGCAAGGCGCCUGCCUACCCCCAAGAACUUUGCAUGGGCCAGGCCUUCCACCUGAAACCACCCUUGGAGAAGCCCACCCCGUCCCCGCCUGUCAAUGGCCCGGCGGCGCCACUGGCCUACCCCAAUGGGCACUAUUUCCAACCCCUGUGGAACAACAUUCUGCCCACACCCAACAGCGACAGCUCCGGGUCACAGGACCUCGCCAUGCCCUUCCACGGUGGGCAGCCUGCGGGCGCACCCCUCGACUGUGCCGCCGCCGGGGCCCACUAUCGUGCGGGUGCCGGGGCCGGCACGGUGCCUGGCCAGAACAACUUGAUGCAAACAGUGGAUUACCUAAGUGGGGACUUCCAGCAGGCCUGCUUCCGGGAACAGAGCCUGGCCAUGCUGAGCAAGGCCCACCGCCCCCCAGGCAGCCGAGCGCCCGAACCUACAGAUAGUCGGAAUCUUCAUAUUCAGCACCCUGGUUACAGAUAGGUGCCAUUAUGGUCGAGACACAAAACGCACACAACACGCACACACACACACAUGCGCACACACAUACACGUACACAUAGGCUUAGUCUUCAUUUGGAGUGAAUUGUUUUUAACUUUCAUAACUCCUUUGUGACCUUUCUAUUUCACUGCCCUAUAGAGGACCGAGACGAUCCGACAGUGCGGCCACCUUUGUCCUUCGCCUUCCCGCCCGCCCCCCGAAGUGUCAGCUUUUUAGUUUUUGAACACAUCUCCAAACAGGCUUCUCCUUGGUUUCCCUAGCCAACCCCAGUGAGUUCCCUCCACAUACCUUAGCAUGUCCUCUCUUCUCUCCAGGUUGCACAGUAGGCUCAACUGGCUUGUUUUAGCCUCGUUUCAGCCAUUGCCUCCCUCUCCACCAACACUGCCCCCCAAAAACCCAACCCUGUUUUUCUUAAUACACAAUGUUGCCCACCAUUUGAGCAUAGUCAGAAGGCUAUGAUGUCCCCCUGCACCCAGUAUUUCUGAGCUUGACCCCUCUGCUUCCCUUCUCCCUUUGAAAUCAAGGCAAGAUUUCUCAGACCCACUUACUGGCCUCAGCUUAGAUCCUCAGAAUACUCCAUAACAUCCCACCCCAACGUGCAAUUCUGGUUUGACUUCAGGUCUCUGCCGGGAUUUGUGGUGGGCUUUUACCAUGCACAGAAGGUGUUCAAACACUGUCUGGUAAUGACCAUAAAUCUAUAAAUCUAAGACCUUCCACAAUCUGGUCUUAUUUUUGUGCCUGAUGCCUGUCCCUGGUCCUCCUCAAGAGCAAUGGAAGCAGCGCACUCCCUGGAAGAAGGAUCUGUUCGUCCCUCCCCUGGCUGGCUGACUCAUUUCACAUACAACCUUCCUCACUGGGAUGAGGGGUGAUCACACUGGAGUUUGGAAUUAAAGCCCCUUCCCAUUACAAAAAGUAAAA